AUGGAGUCCGUCUAUGUUAAAGAUCCGGCGACGAUAGAAAGCGUGCCGUUCGACGGGUUCACUUUAGGUGAAGUGAUGUUCAGAGGCAGCACGGUGACAAAAGGUUACUAUGAGGAUCCGGAGAGGACUAAAGCUGCAUUCGAAGGAGGUUGGUUUCAUACAGGGGAUAUUUCAGUGAGACAUCAUGAUGGGAAAAUUGAAGUUAAGGAUCGGAAGCUAGAUUUGAUUAUUUCUGGGGAUAAGAAAAUAGGCACGGUGGAUGUCGAGGCGGUGCUGUUUACACAUCCGGCGGUUUUCGAGGCCGGAGUUGUGGGGAAGCCGGAUGAGGAGUUGGGAGAGACGGUUUGUGCCUUUGUGAGGCUUAAGGAAGGGUGUGAUGAUACCGGUGCUGACGAGAUCAUCGAGUACUGCCGUGGAAAGAUGCCGGAAUAUAUGGUGCCGAAGACUAUAGUGUUUGAUAAUCUGCCGUUCACUUCGACGGGGAAGUUGAAGAAGGCUGUUUUAAGGGAAAGGGCUAAGGCCCUUGCUUGA